GAGGUGGAUGAGCUUGACCUGUUGAAGCACACAGGAAAUCUCAAAACCCUCUGUGUCUCCAAACAUCAUCGUUUGGGUCUCUCCUCAGAUCUCCCUCUCCGGACUCUCUCUGUAUAUGCUUAUCUCUGCAGUUUGAGGGUAGUUACAAUCAUGUCAACCCCAGCCAGGAAGAGGUUGAUGAGGGAUUUCAAGAGGCUCCAGCAAGAUCCACCUGCUGGCAUCAGUGGGGCUCCUCAGGACAACAACAUCAUGCUAUGGAAUGCUGUCAUUUUUGGACCUGAUGAUACUCCUUGGGAUGGAGGUACGUUUAAAUUAACUCUGCAGUUCAUGGAAGAUUAUCCAAAUAAGCCUCCAACAGUCCGGUUUGUCUCACGGAUGUUUCAUCCAAACAUUUAUGCAGAUGGAAGUAUUUGCUUGGAUAUUUUACAGAAUCAGUGGAGUCCUAUAUAUGAUGUGGCAGCUAUACUCACUUCUAUCCAGUCCCUGCUCUGUGAUCCUAACCCAAACUCGCCUGCAAACUCUGAAGCCGCACGCAUGUUCAGUGAGAAUAAGCGGGAAUACAACAGAAGAGUGCGUGAAAUAGUGGAGCAGAGCUGGACAGCCGACUGAAGAAGCUCAGCCAAAGCAUCAACUUUCUCUGUUGUGCCAGGGAGGAAGGCAUUAGAAGUGAUGGUGGGUGGUGGUUGGUGGCAACUGUUCUUCAAUCUUUAGAGUGGAUGAUCAUGUACUGAAUAUAAAAAUGGUUUGGAUGAGUGGUCUUAGAAGAGGAUUUGUUUGAUUUAUGGGGCUUAGACAGCUGUGCUCUGCUUAAAACUGUUGAUGAUUUGCGAGUAUAUUUGGACUGUUUGUAGGAAUGUGUACAGGAAGUGUUAUUGUGGAUGAUACUUGUUUGUGAUGUUCUAGACUCAGUAUUUGGUUGUAAGAUCCCCCUUCUCUCAGAGAGGAAUCGGGGUAGAGCUUUUCUUAGUGUAAUGUUUUCCUUAGACUCACUCAUAAACUCUAUAAUUCCCUUUUUUUUGCCUUUUCAUAUGUCAUUCGGUCUCAUUACUUGUC